AUGGCACACAACACUGGCGUCAAGCGAGACAUCCCUAUCAAGUUGGGCGACUUCAGCGUGAUCGACUCUGAGUUCAGCAACAUCCGCGAGCGUUUCGACGCUGAAAUGCGAAAGAUGGAAGACGAGAUGACCAAGUUUCGUUCCGAACUCAUGAACAAAGAGUCUAACUUCUUCAAGACCACGUCCAAGACAUCACAUGUGGAAGAAAAGUCCUUCUCUCAGAACACAAUUUCGUCGAACCACAGCGAUCUGCCAGCUAGCCGACUAACUGGGGCUACGCCUAGUGGUUGGGUCGAAAGCAUUAACUCGCCGUUAAUUCAAGAGGAUGGCGACAACAAAAUGUUGAAACUCAGAUUUGACGUCAGUCAAUACGAACCCGAGGAAAUUGUCGUCAAAACGGUCGAUAACAAACUAUUGGUACACGCCAAGCAUGAAGAAAAAUCAGAUUCAAAAUCUGUGUACAGGGAAUACAACCGGGAAUUCUUACUUCCAAAAGGUACCAAUCCGGAAGCGAUCAAAUCAUCUCUUAGCAAAGACGGUGUGUUAACUGUUGAAGCACCAUUGCCUGCUUUAGGAGGGCCUGAUAAAUUGAUUCCAAUCUCGCAUCAUUAAAUA